AUGUUUUUCUCCGUCUCCAUACCAAAGACCUUUCUCAUCCUUCAACUAUUCUUUUCAUUGGUAUCAUGUCAGGUGCGGGGAAGCACAAGCGGCUAUAAGCCAACAUACUCCCCCAUUCACCUCGCCUGGUUGGCCAAAAAUCAAAAAGAUAUUAGGCAACAGGCGGCCGUACAACUAAAAGAACUAAGAGAGGCACAAACUUCCAAGGGAUCGCAGCCCGAGCAACUUCAGCGAGAAGUCACAGAAGAUCAGGAGUUCCUGGCUAACAGUGUUAUUAUUUCCAAAAGAACAUGGGAGGUUUUCGAAGAGGCACUUCAAAUAGCGGCCGAAGGUCCGAAUGGAACGUUAGGCGAGAGUCCCGUUCAAAUUCUUACCGAAGCGGCCAAGUCAAUAGCCAAACUAACCAUUCAGAUCCAUACAAUCGGCGGGUAUGUGAAACGAAUUUUGAAAUUACCUGAGUCUGAAAGGAAGGGGCUUCCGGGAGACAAGGCUUAUGUCCAAAUUUUCGACAAGCUGAUGAGAACUCUUCAACCAGUAUUCAACCUUUACCCUGGACUAAAAGAUAAGAACGACGAAGAGAUUAUUAGUGUUAUUGCUAAAGGUGGCUAUAUUGACCAAACAUGGGGCGCUUCAUCUCUAUAUUUCCUAGCACAACUGCGAAAAUUGUUGGACUAUGACGAAUUAUCUCGCAAUACGAUAUUGGUCUCUGAUGCGCCAUUACGUACCGCAUUUCGAACAAUCGAUAGAGCGAGGUCCCAAAUGAGAGAGUAUCUUUUCGACAUGCAAGCAGUGUUAGCCAAACUUCAAAAAAAAUACCCUAAAGAACCGUUCGACCUUACUCUACACUACCCGGAGAUAUCGCCUGAAGGCGAAAGAAGACAGGAUAUUGGCUAUCAUAAAUACUACGAAGGAAGAUAUAUAGAUAAAUAUACAUCUAGGGCUCUUGGCGGCAUUACUAGAGAUGGAGUCCCGGUCGAGGAGCCAUUUAUAUCGUGGUCAAAAGCUAAUGAACUCAGAUUCGAAAUGUAUUUUGGCAUCAUGGAGUUAUUCGACCGAAUCGUGGCAGGAAAUAUGAGUUUGAUGAUGGAAAUGAUUAUCGAUAUCUUGCUUGCCGCAAACGUGUUCCUUGGAAGGAGAACGUCGCUCCCAGAUUACGAGUUCGGUCUUCUGCUUGAGAUGAACCCAGGACUAGAGAAUUGGGAUGCAUUUAGUUGGAUGGAGUCGUACCCAGAAAUGGAAUUUGGUCGUGCGACACCACGCCUCGCGACAUGGGACCCACCCCCUGCCGAAUUCUUGCUUCCACAGGGCCAACAUGAUGCAGAUCCAUUCGCCCCUCAGUAUCUCAAGUUUGAUAACGCUUAA